AUGUCAUCUUCAGCCAGUCCGUCCACUCCUCCUCCUGCUCUCAAGGAAGAUAUUCUUGAGCUCAUUGGAAACACACCCUUGGUGAAAUUAAAUAGAAUUCCACAAUCAUUCGGAAUUAAGGCCAAAAUAUAUGCCAAAGUUGAACUUUUCAAUGCUGGGGGCUCUAUCAAAGAUAGAAUUGCCAAGAAUAUGGUAUUGGAAGCAGAGAAGCAAGGUAGAAUCAAACCUGGCUACACUCUUAUAGAACCUACCUCGGGAAACACUGGUAUUGGUUUGGCUUUGGUUGGUGCCGUGCGAGGAUACAGAACCAUUAUUACUUUACCCGAGAAAAUGUCCAACGAAAAGGUUUCUGUAUUGAAGGCUUUGGGUGCCGAGAUUAUUAGAACCCCCACCGAGGCAGCAUGGGAUGCACCAGAGUCACACAUUGGUGUUGCAAGAAAAUUGGAAAAGGAAAUUCCAAAUUCUGUUAUUUUGGACCAAUACUCCAAUCCUGCAAACCCUGAUGCGCACUACUACGGAACCGGGUUUGAGAUUUGGGAGCAAACCAAGGGUAAAGUGACCCACUUGGUUGCCGGUGCUGGUACUGGUGGUACUAUUUCAGGUAUGUCAAAAUACUUGAAGGAAAAAAACCCCAAGGUCAAAGUUACCGGUGCCGAUCCAAAAGGUUCCAUUUUGGCAGAGCCCGAAAGCUUGAAUACUAGCACUGAAGGCUACUUGGUCGAAGGUAUUGGAUACGAUUUUAUUCCUGAUGUGUUGAACAGAAAAUAUGUCGACAAUUGGAUCAAGACCGAUGACGAUGAGUCCUUCAAGUUGGCAAGAAGAAUCAUUAGAGAAGAAGGUAUUUUGGUUGGUGGCUCUUCGGGGUCUGCUUUGCAAGCUGCAUUGCAAGUGGCCAAAGAUUUGACCGAGGAUGAUGUUCUUGUCGUUGUGUUCCCAGACUCAAUUAGGUCCUACUUGAGUAAAUUUGCCGAUGACGAAUGGUUGAAAUCAAAUGGAUUUGAAGUUGAGGAAACCGAGACUGUGAACAAGUCGGAUGAAUUUUUGAAAACAAAGACUAUUGGAGAUUUGGUUGCUGGUAAAGCGCCAGUUGUCACCGUUACUUUGGCUGAUACUGUGGGCAAGACUUUUGAUCUUUUACAAACUAAUGGAUUCGACCAGUUACCAGUAUUGAACAACUCCGGUAAGUUAGUUGGUUUGAUCACUUUAUCAAAGAUUUUAAAAUCCUUAUCAACACAAAAGAUUCAAUUGACAAACUCCAUCAGCUCGAUCAUUAUUGAUUUUAGAAAAUUGGCUGAUUUUGAGAAAUCAAAAUCGGUCAACAAAGAGUCGGGAUUCACAAAGAGAAACUACGACUUGAUUACCUUGAACACUAAGCUCAAUGUAUUGAACAAAUUCUUUGAAACAAACUCAAACGCCAUUAUCACUGACGAGGAGUUGAAACCAGUGCAAAUUGUCACGAAGGUUGAUUUGUUAUCAUAUUUGACCAAAAACCUUUCAUUUUAA